AUGGCGGCGCGUCUGGCCCCACGCACAACCCCGCGCUCGAGCCUCAGCCUAACCGCGCCGAUCCGCAACCCCUACGACGCGUUCAACGCGUCCGAUUUCGACAGCUGGAUUGGUGGACUUACCAGCUCGUUGAGGAAGGCUCUGGACCAUGACGAUGAGCUCGAGGAUGAGGAUGCGGGGAAGGAUAAACAGAAGAGCGUCACGGGUGCGCUCGAGGCUGCACGUGGAGCCGACGAAACGAUGACUGAGGGUGGGAAAGACGAGUCGAUGGGGGAGGACGAGGAGGAGAGCGAGGAGAGUGUCGACGAGGGCGUCGAGGACAGUUUCGCACACGUGAACGCCGUCUCUGCGCGAGCGAAGGGCAAGGCGCGCGACCCGCGCGACGGGCCGGGGUUCGGCAGCUCGUCAACGGCGCCUAUCGAAUUGCUCGAAUCCGACGAGGAAGAGGAAGAGGGCGAGGAGGACGAAGACGAGGAGGGAGAUAGCGAUGAAUAUGAAUACGACGAGGAGGAGGAAGAGUCGUGGGACGAGGACGACGAGAGCGAGGAGGACCUCAACGCGCCUGGGAGCUCGAAGUCACAUAUUGAGCGGGCAAGAAGGGCCAGUGAGGGUGAUUUGUAUGACGAGGAGGAGGAGGAGGAGGAGGAGGAGGAGGAAGAUGAAGCGGAGGACGAUGAAGGCGACGCCGCACCCGCACAAUUCCCUCAUGACCUUACUGCAGAAGACGAAGACGAGCAGGAUGGCGAAGGCCAAGACGAAAUUGAUGCAGACGUCGACGCGCCCGAACUUCCCGACCCAUGGGCGCCUGCGCGGACAUUCGCCGAAGACUACUACUCCGGCGGCGACGCGCCCGUCCGCGGAGGCUCACCACACAACCUCACACCCCGUCUUCGCGCCGUCAGUCCUGGUUUGCAUCCUGCGCCAUCUCCAGCUCAGGCGGAGGUCAUCAAUGUGGACGAUUCGGACGAAGAAGACCAAGUCCAAGAGGAACACUCCUCAGACCGCUGGGACUGGAACAACCCACCUGCAGUCCCAUGGGGCCACCGCGCAACGCGUCCAGGCCAUCUCAUAAGCAAAGAAUCGGAGGAAGAUUUGGAGCUUCAGUACCCUGACGAAGACGAAGAUGGUGCGGAGGACGAUUACGAGGGUGAAGAAGGCGCUGAAUACGCUGAUGAUGACGAGGGUGGAGAUGGAGAAGAGGGAGAGGAGGACGUGCAAGCUGUCAAAGACAGACAGAAGGGCAUGUUCGUCUCCGCUGCGGACGUUUACAGCGAGCGUGGCGACGAGCACGACGACGAUGAAGAUGCUGAAGCGGACUCUUCACCGCUUUCCGUCAAGUACCGACAAGACGGCUCUUCUCUCCGUGCGGAGGACGUUUAUGGCGACAACAACGCCGGACUCCUCAAUAACGCCGACUCAGACGGCGACUCGGAUAUCGUGGAGAUCUCGCCGCCGAGGAGGAAAGCCGCGGUGUCGCCUAUGCCGCAGGACAAGCAGCCCACCGACCCUGAGGCCGACGAAGAAGUGCUUGCCAAUCCCUUCGGGCUACCCUCGUCCUCUGCGCCAGCGCCGGCGCCUGUCCCGGCGCUCUCGACAGCGCAAGCCUCAGCAUCUCUAAACGCCGCGCCCGCCCUCCCCCUCGGCACCACAGACUCCCCAACAGCUCAACAUCCAGAAGACGUCGAGCGCGUCGACCCCGCCUCGCUCGCCCCCGCCCCCGCUCCAUCAACAUCAACAUCGGCACUCGACACACUCGCCUCAGUCGCCGCCCCGCCCUCGCCCCCUCCAGCGGGCUUCUCGCUCGUACCAGCCACAUGGACGUCUACGUCCGACGCGGGCGCUGCUGCGAGUCGUGUGGGUGAGGAGGAGGAGUACGACGAGGACGAGUUUAGUGAUACUUCGCUGGAGCUGGACGAGGAGGAUGAGAGGAAUGCAGCUGCUGCGGCCGCGGCCGCGGCGCAGGCACAGGCGCAGGCUGAAGAAGAGCGGCGGGCGCAGUCGGUGGACGAGGAUGAGUUCAGUGAUACUUCGCUGGAGCUGGACGAGGAGGACGAGAGGAACGCGGCUGCUGCGGCUGCGGCUGCGGCUGCUGCUCAAGCUUCCGCACAAGCGCAGGUGCAAAGAGCGGCGGAAGAAUCAAUAGACGAGGAUGAGUUCAGCGAUACUUCGCUCGAGCUGGAUGAGGAGGACGAGAGGAAUGCGGCUGCUGCUGCUGCUGCGGCCGCUCAAGCGGAGGCGCAGGCUGCAGAAGAGCGGCGGGCGCAAUCGAUCGACGAGGACGAGUUCAGCGAUACUUCGCUGGAGCUGGAUGAGGAGGACGAGAGGAACGCGGCUCUCGCUGCGGCCGCGGCUCAGGCUCAGUCCACUUUGCCACCGACGGCCCAAGGCCCCGCGCCCGCACAACAAAGAUCGGCUGAAGAGGAGCUGCGUGCACAGUUAGGGCCGGGCGUUGUACUGGCGGGCGAAGGCGCGCCGUCGAUAUUCGGCGACGGAGAUGAGGGGAUGGGGAUGUACACCGAUCCGGGCGCACCGGCCUAUGUCCCCGAGACGCCCGCCGCCGCACCGCCGACCAAGGUCGAGGAAGACCCGCUCGAGACGACUGCGCCGGACGUCGAGAACGAAGCUGUUGCGAUGGACGACGAUAAGGAGGACGACGGGAUGUACACCGAUCCUGGUGCGCCGGCCCCAUUGGGUGAAGGCGCGCCGAUGGGAUACUCGGCUGAGCCAUCGCCUGUCGCGCCCUCUCCGGCGUACAUUGUUGAAGAACCCGAAGCUGCCGCUUCACCUGCGCGUACGGCAAGGGAAGAGUCGGUUGCGGUCGCGGACGGGACGGUUGACAAGGCGUUCGUUGUUGAGGACGAUGAGGAGGCGGACGAGGUUGAGAGCGUUGUUAGUCCUGCGGAGGUUGAGGAGCCUGGCGAGGGUGAGGUGAAAGAGCCGGGCCUGUCGCCUGUUGAAGAGGAGGAAGAAGACGAGUUGCCCGAUGAUACAAGCGUCGCUCAAGUCGAGCCCCCACAGGAUGACCAUGUCCCGCCGCCCGUCAUGCCCUACAUCCCGCCCGUCGCAGCCCGCGCGAUCGGCGAAGACGUCUUCGGCAGGCCCGGCAUGCCGUUCGCGGCGCCCAAGUCCACGACCGCAAAUGGAACCUCCAUGCCAAGACGCGUCGCGAGCGGAUUGUUCACGCCUAAAUCCGAGGCCAGCGGGCUGUUCACGCCGCUCGAGGGCAGCGACGCCAGUACCAGUCCGAAAGACCAGAGCCGCGAGGACUCGCCCACUGUCGAACGCCCGCACUCACCCGUGGUUGAGCAGCGCCCGCCGUCGCCCGUGGUCGAGAGGCACCAUGAUCAGCAUUCGCCGACGCCGGCGGAGAAGGAGGAGAUGAGAGCUGCGAUGAGGGAGGUUGAGAGGGGCGCGCAUGAGGUUUAUGUGGGCGCUGAUGAGGAUGAUGGGGAGGAUGCGCCUAGUCCUGCGCUUCCGAAGGAGUCUGCUGAACACGUCGCGCAAGAGCCGGGUUUGGAGCAGCAAGAGCCGCAACUGGCGCCGGAGCAGCAAGAAGAGGCGUUCGCGGGCACGGACGUGUUUGCUGGGUUCGAGGAUUUGCCGGAGUUCAAGGGGUUGGAGGCUCAGAGUAGCGACGCGGAUUUGGCCGCGCUGCAGGCAUUCUUCGCCAAUACGGGCCCCGCUGAGGCGGACGCGGCUUCCAUAGCUGAAGUCCAACCUACCGACGCCGACAUCGUACCAGAAGCGUUCUCCCUUCCCGACGAAGCUCCCGAGACGGCUGCCGCUGCUGCUGCGGCAGUGAGCGAGCCUGAGCCACACACCGUCACUGUGUCGCUUGAAGGAGACGCGCCUGAGGUCAAGAGCGUGGCUGUUGAAGAUGAUCCGGCGCUCGAAACGGACGAGACGGAGGUCGGUGUACAAGAGGCGAAGAUGGACGAGGAGCUUGGUCUUACGCAGGAGGAUGUCACCGAGGACCGGGAUGCGCAGGAUGGCCUCAAGGGACUUGAUCCGAAACUUAUCGAGGAAGCUGGCGACCCGUUCAAGCUUAUGGGCAACGCGAGCACUGUCGCGCCGGGCGCUGUGAGCUCAGGUGAUGCUACGCCCGAGGAGGAGGAAGAGGCGGAGCGUGAGAAGUCGGAGGAGGACAAGCUUGAUCCGUUGUCUGUGGAUGAUGGGCUUGUGUUGGAUGAGGUCGCGCUUGUUGCGCAAUUGGGGCCUCAGCCUCAGGACGAGGCUGCGGUUCCGAAGGAGCACACGGCAGAAGAGAAGGAAGAGGAAGAGCCUAAGCCGGUCUCUAAGGACUUUGCUGGAGAUGCUACCCCUGCGCCUGUGGAUGAAAGCCUGUUGAAUGGUGAACAGGAGCAGUCGGAGGACGCUGACAAGACGCCCAUCGCUGCACUCCCGCUCCUCGAGGAGGAGGAACGAGCCGAAGAACAAGCUACACCCGGCGAGGCUAAAGAGCAGACAGCGUCGCAACAGACCGAAGUUGCUGACGACGAGGAGAAGACCGAGGUCGCCGCCGUCGAGGAGCGCCCGGAAAGCACACCAUCUGCGGAGGAUUCGGAUGAGCGCUCGAAGUCUCGUAAGCGCAAGCGCCUUUCGGACGAGCCAGCGCGACCGCGCGUCACACGCUCCGCAUCUUCCACGACCGUCAACGGCAAGAACGGCGCACCGAAGUCCAAGGGCAAGGGCAAAGCGAAGGCCAUCGUUGAGGAGGACGAGGGCGCUAGCGAUGCCAGCUCAGCACUUGUUCAUGGUCUACUUGAUCCCAGCUCGCGUGCAGGCUCCGUCUCAUCCGUCGACACCGAUGAUCGCCGCCCACCACUCGUGCAAGUUGACGCACACACCGAAUUCAUCAUGCAUCAACACGGCCGCCCUCGCGCUGCUCCGACGAACCUUCCUCAGACCAUCGCCCAGGCUCAGGCGGCGCAAGCUCAAGCGCGCACCAAGAUUGUUGCCACUGUCAUUCCUCAAGCCGCUCCCGCCGAGCCUUCACGCUCACGCGCUGCCUCCGAAGAACCGGCCUCUGAGCCGGAAUCGCCUGAACCUGCGCCCUCUACGCCGCCCAUGCAGUCUGCGUCUGCACCACCGCCUUCGACCGAGAAUGGCGCAGCCCGCCCUGCGCCUCCCCGCCGUAUCCCCAGCAAGAACACACCCGUGACCCGCGCAAACUGCCGCUUCCAUACUAUCUCCAUCCCCCGCGAGGGUGGCGGUCGCGCGCAGUUCGUCGUGCCGGGAUGCUCAAUGGGCGACGCGAAAGUGAUCAAGGAAGAAGACAUCCGGGACGAAGGCUUCGCCACCAUGGCUGACCACGCGCGCAUGCUACCAGACAUCGAGAACCUCGACCUUGACGCGUACCUCGUCGGCAAUCUCCGCAAACUCGUCGGCGUCGACCUUCUCCGCGAGAACGAAGUGUUUUAUCUUCCUGGGGAGGAAGAGGAGCCGCCGCGCAAGAAGAGGCGUCGGUAUGCGAGGAAGAGCACGCUCGAUCGUGUGCGGACGCAGUCUGGCGGGAGCAAAGGUGCAUCGCAGAAUCAGUCUCGUGCAAGUACGCCUAGCGGAAGUACGGAUGGUGGUUCCGUUGCGGGCUUCGUGCGCCGUGCGGGUUCGCGCUCGGCUGCGUCUAGCGUUGCUGAUGGGUACAGCACGCACGAGGAAGAAUCAGAGGCGGAAAGCGCUGCACCCCAACCAAAGGCUUCGCGCCCGCCUGUAUCCGACGCUGGAUCGCAGUCGACGUCUGCGUCUUCUGUCAAGUCCCCGCGCAAACGCACACUCUCGACGCGCCGCGGUACGCGCACCUCUCGUCGCCUGAACCCGGAUGCGGCAGAGUUCGCUCCAGGCCAUGUGGAGGCGGCGCAAGAGGAACUGGAUAAUGAGGACGACGUUGCGCCGGAAACGCGUAGGAAGAGGAAGGCGACGCGCGGUGCGAAACGCACUCGGACGAUGGAGGACGUGCCUGCGGAGGGACCCCGUCCGAAGCGUACGCGCACGAAUACGAAUUUGAGGAAGAGCAUGUCUGUGAACCAGGUGAAUGGGAAGUCGUAG